CGCUUGAAUAAACGCCACGUCGGUUUUCAGAGAGAAGCAGAGCAUCAGCUGUGCGGCGGUUUCUGGCGGUUUUUAGGAAAUCUUUUAGACGAGUAGCCUUACGGUACCGAGCGCGGUCCGCAGACAGGUGAGAUGAGGGCCCUUCCCCUGUCUGUGCUGCUGCUGGUGUUUGGGUUAGCAGUGUUAGCAUCCCAGCUAACCGAUGCUCACUCCCACUCCCAUGACCACGGUCAUGCCCACUCACACGGCCAUCACGGACACCACCAUGGGCAUUCUCAUGGCGAGGGUGGUUGCCAUGGGCACCAUCACGGGCAUUCUCAUGGCGACGGUGGUUGCCAUGGACACUCCCAUGGUGGUGGUGUGAUGAUGCACCACGGUGCCAGCAAGUGGAGCGCACAAGCAAACCUGCAGCAUACGGAGGAGGAGGAGCUUCAGCAUGACCACGGACAUGAACAUGACCACAACCACGGACAUGACCAUGACCAUGAGCACGGACAUGAACAUGACCAUGACCACGGACAUGAACAUGACCAAGACCACAACCAUGAACAUGACCAAGACCACGACCAUGAACAUGACCAAGACCACGGUCAUUCACACGACCACGGUCAUUCACACGACCAUGGACAUUCACACGACCAUGGACAUUCACAUGACCAUGGACAUUCACACGACCAUGGACAUUCACACGACCACGGACAUUCACACGACCAGGGGCACACCCACAGCCAUGGUACCAGUGGAGAGAGGGUGAAGAGAGAGGCGGAGGGCGAGAGACGGAACACAGUGGAGCUGUGGAUGCAGGCAAUCGGAGCCACUCUGCUGAUCAGCGCUGCGCCGUUCCUCAUCCUCUUCCUCAUCCCUGUCCAGUCAAACACGGAUCAACACCAGAACCUGUUGAAGGUUCUGCUCAGCUUUGCCUCUGGGGGGCUGUUGGGGGACGCCUUUCUGCACCUCAUCCCACAUGCUCUUGAACCCCACUCUCACCAUGGAGACGAGGGCCACGGUCACUCCCAUGCUAGCGAGGCGUCACAUGGUCACUCUCAUGGUGCGGCUCAUGAUCACAUGAUGUCUGUAGGUCUGUGGGUGCUGGGAGGUAUCGUGGCGUUCCUGGUGGUGGAGAAGUUUGUUCGUCUGCUGAAGGGGGGACACUCUCAUUCACACUCUCACUCUCAUGCUGCCCCGAAAGCAAAAGACAGUGACGGAGAAGAGAAAAAGGACGACGUGAAAAAAGGAGAGAAAGAAAAAAAAGACAAGAAGGUGAAGAAAGCAAAAGCGGAGAGCUCAGACAUUAAAGUGUCUGGCUACCUGAAUCUGGCGGCCGAUUUCACUCACAACUUCACGGAUGGUCUUGCUAUCGGAGCCUCCUUCCUGGUUAGUCCAGCGGUCGGCGUGGUUACCACUAUCACCAUCCUCCUGCAUGAAGUGCCGCAUGAGAUUGGAGACUUCGCCAUCCUCGUCCAAUCAGGAUGCACCAAGAGGAAGGCGAUGUUUCUUCAGCUCCUCACUGCUAUUGGUGCGUUAGCUGGGACGGCCUGCUCCCUUCUGGCAGAGGGGGUUGGAGCCGCCGCCACGGCCUGGAUCCUCCCCUUCACGGCCGGCGGCUUUGUUUACAUUGCCACAGUUACCGUCCUUCCAGAGCUGCUGGUUGGCCGCUCGAGUGUGGGCCAGUCGGUGAUGGAGAUCAUCGCUCUGCUGUUCGGAGUCGGGAUGAUGGUGCUGAUCGCAGAGUAUGAGUGAGGAAGGACGGAGGUUAAAGAACAGAUACACAGCAGGGGGAAGAGAGAGAGCUGAAGACGGGGUGUUUGGCUGUUAGAAUUUUUGAGACUCAGGGGAUGUAAAGUACAAAAGAGAACGAUGUUUAAAUGUUACCUUUGACAACUAUUGAUGCAUGUGUGAUGAGUGAAAAUGGAGGCCUUUUGAAAGAGAACUGCACUAAAAAGUCCAAAGACCCUGCAUUCAUCCGCGCAAACAGCUCCCCCAGGGACCAGCAGUGUGGGGCUUGUGGGUUGGACAUUUAAUCAGAAUUCCUAAAUAUGUCCUAGAAAUAGGAGUGAAUUACUGUCAGCACACGUUUAAGAUAUGCUUGAGCUUAAUUGAUUACUUUGCUUAAAUAUCAUGUCAUAUCAAAAUGAUGUAGAAUAAAAAAUGUGAUUUGUUUUUAACAAUGAUUUAUUUGACCUGUUUAGGACAGUAGUGCUGCAUUUACAUGUUGGCGGUGGAGCUGGAUAUACCAUCGUUUUCAGUGGUGCCGCAGCAGCGAGUGGAACGUAUCAUCAAAAGUUCCGUUUUCCCAUCUAUAGCCGUUCACUGCGACAGUGAAAUAAACCAGAUAUUGAUUUUUUGAGAGCCAUGGAUGCCAAACAUCUUGUCGAAUUCCAAAUAAACCCUGUAUUAUACAACAAAAAAUAAGAGAACAGAGCAUCUUCCUGUCUACUCCCACCUUAAAUAAACAAUCCUCAUCUGUUUUCGUAGGAAACUCUGUCACCAUGCCAACGUUUGCAUGGCUUUACUCUACUAUGGUCGCAUCAGUUCUCUCAACGCCAACAUGUGAAUUCAGCAUAACUUUUUUUUUUAGAAAAUAUUUGGUUCACACUACUUUAUAGACAGUGAAAUGCCUUGCUGACUCUCUGGAAAACUCCUCUUUGGUUGAGUAAAAAAGCUGAUGACACUUAAAAAAUGGUUCUUCAAGGGUUCUUUAAUAAACAUAAUGGUUCCGUGUAGAACCAUGAACACUUAAAGAACCAUUUGCAUGCUUAAAG